AUGGGCAUAUUCCGAAGCACCGGCCUUCACGCCCAACGAAUUUCUUUUCCUUCCGGGAGUGAUAUACUACAUACUGAACAAACUACUUGUCCUCAGACCGUGGUUGGGGAGGACCGAUUUCCAGGGUUUUAUAUUAUGUCUCAAUUUCAAAUUGCUGAGCUGGCAAGAAGAGGUAUCGUGAAGAAAGUGGCUGGAUCAUCGUCUCAGCAUACUGCAUUUAAAAUAGGACCGGAGUUUAACUUCAGAAUAAAUACAAGAUCUGCUUAUCCAACGGGUCUACCGGAGGAAUUUGCAUUUCAGUCUGUUUUUCGGAUGAAUGGAAGUACCAUCAACAAGAUCUGGAAUAUAUGGCAAAUGCAAGACAUACAAGGAAAUGAACAGCUAGCUGUCAGACUCAAUGGGGAGGCCCUGGCAUUAGAAUUUUCCUACACAACAACUGAUAAUAAAAAACGGACGGCAGUUUUCCCAUAUUUGCCUUUUCUCUUUAAUGCACAAUGGCACAAGAUCUUGUUGACCGUUAGGAAGAAGUCUGUGACACUUUUCGGAGACUGCUUCCUGAUCGAUUCGAUACCACUGCCUCCUAGGCAGAAAGUUACCCUGGAUGGCUUCACACAUAUUGGGAAAUUAAAGGAUAAUCCUGCUAUUGCAGUGCCGUUCGAACUCCAGUCCAUGCUGAUCUACUGUGAUGUUACGCUCUCACAGAGAGAGGUUUGUGGUGAUCUUCCAGCCCGAAGAUCGGUUUCCGAGGCAGAAUUUGAGAGAAAUGGAGCCGGCCCACCAGGCCCUCCAGGAGUUCCAGGAAUUGAUGGAAUUGCUGGAGAGAGAGGCGACGAUGGAGAAGAUGGGCCACCUGGACCUGAUGGAGAUGCAGGUAAACAAGGCUCUGCAGGCUUGCCAGGACUUCCUGGAGCUGAUGGCUUGAUCGGCCCUGUAGGAGAUCCUGGCCCAGACGGUCCCCCUGGACAGAAGGGAGAACCUGGGAAACCUGGACCUCGUGGGGAAGCUGGUGUUGGGCCAGAUGGACCCCCUGGACCUCCUGGGCCAGGAGGACUUCCAGGUGAGCUGGGCAAAGUUGGACUCCCUGGAGCCAUGGGAGUGAGAGGACCUCAGGGACCUCGUGGACCCGCAGGGCCUCGUGGUGCUACAGGCAUGCAGGGCGGGACAAUGGAGCUGUGUCCUAAUGCUUGUCCGCCAGGGGCACCCGGCCACCCUGGUCUUCCUGGCAUGAAAGGCCACAAAGGUGUGAAGGGAGAAGCUGGAGAGCCUGGAAAGCAGGGACACAAGGGACAAGAGGGAGAGCAGGGAGCCCCUGGGGAGGUUGGAGCCCAAGGUCCACCAGGUCCUCAGGGAAUUCGUGGAGCUACAGGAAUGAUGGGUCCCAAAGGAGAAACGGGACCCAGAGGCCAUGACGGAGAACCGGGUCCUCAGGGUGUCCAGGGAGCCACAGGAGACCAAGGCCCGAGAGGUGUGAUGGGAGAACCUGGGCCUAAAGGUGAAGAAGGACCACAAGGGCCGAGAGGGAUCACAGGACUUCCUGGACCAAAGGGUGAUCCUGGCUUGCCUGGUGUGGAUGGUCGUGAAGGAAUUCCUGGAAUGCCAGGGGCUAAGGGCACCACUGGGAAAGCAGGAUCUCCCGGAGAAGUUGGCCUCCAAGGACUUCCUGGUUUGCCAGGUAUUCCUGGGCCAAAGGGUGCUAGUGGUGAGAAGGGUAGUGCUGGUGAACCUGGUCUCAUUGGUACAAUGGGCUCUGCUGGUAGACCUGGAGAGCGUGGAGAACAGGGAGAAAUAGGACCUCUUGGGCCCAUAGGACUACCAGGAGAUGUAGGAGAGCAGGGACCAGCUGGGCCAAUGGGGAAACCGGGAGCCAGAGGACCUAAAGGUGAUCUUGGUUUGCCUGGACUUCCUGGACCCCCUGGUGUCCCUGGAGAGAAGGGAGAGAGAGGUGAGCCUGGAGAGAUGGGUCCUAAAGGAGAGCAGGGAGAGCAAGGUGCUGAGGGAACUCCGGGAGACAAAGGAGAUGUUGGUGACUCCGGAGAGCCAGGACCUAAAGGAGCUUCUGGCAACCCAGGAGAACCUGGAAACAGAGGUCCAGAGGGCGCCCGUGGGCAGCCUGGCAUUGAGGGACCACCUGGUGCACCUGGACCACGUGGCAUGCAGGGAGACAGAGGGGCACCAGGAUCCAGAGGGUCUCAAGGACCAGCGGGUAAAGAGCCAAGUGAUCAGCACAUCAGACAAGUUUGCAUGCGAGUUAUGCAGGAGCAGUUGGCUCAGCUGGCAGCUAGUCUGAGGAGACCUGAGUCUGGAGCAGUUGGAUUGCCUGGUAGACCAGGACCCCCUGGUCCUCCUGGUCCCGCAGGAGACAGUGGCUUCUCAGGGCAGGCUGGUGCACGUGGGCUCCCAGGCCUCAAAGGGCCUCCAGGACAGAUUGGACUCAAAGGGCCUAAAGGUGAGAUGGGUGAUAGAGGUGCCAGAGGACCAACUGUGCGGGGACCUAAAGGAAUGCCAGGACCUCCCGGUCUACCAGGUGAGCCAGGGAAGCCCGGUUAUGGCCAGGAUGGUAGGGAUGGAGAGAGAGGUCCACCUGGUCUACCUGGUCAGUCAGGUGUUCCCGGACCUCCAGGACCUGCAGGUCCUCCGGGCUACUGCGACCCUUCUGCCUGUAACCUGAGCCCAGGUGCUGCCCACCAGGCCCUGAAGGACUCAAACUUGAAGGGGCCAGGAGGUAACUAA